UGGUAUAUAAUUGAUGGGAGCAAGGCCGGUUUCGAAUGAGGGAAGGUCGGGUGGUGUGUCCCAGAUGCAUCAGCAGCAGCAGGGGUUGGGGUUGGAGGGAGGGGAGAGGCCGAAGUUGAAGCUUUUACCGAGGUCAAGGCCAAUGGAAGGAAAUGAUACGUGGUUCUUGGAUGAGAAACAGGAACAUCAGCCAACUAUACAUCCUGUGUGUGUGGAAAAUUCUCGUGAGUUGCAGGGAAAUAUGAAUAUGCCAAGACCUGGGUCCGCAGGGGCAGACAUUGGGGAUCGAGGAAGUGAGCGUCCAAGAUUGAAUCUGAAGCCUCGUUCCUUGCCUGUCGAGCAAUCAGAUGAUAUCACUGAAAAAGAAAGGAAAUCGGUGUUUGGUGGUGCCCGCCCACGAGAACUUGUUCUAAAAGAACGUGGAGUAGAUGAUGUUGUAGCUAACAGUCAAGAGGUGAUUUCACCAGCUCACAGUCACAGGGUUAAAAGUGACAGCCAAAGAACUGACAUGAAAUCAAGGCAAGAGCCACCUGCUCUAGCCACCAGGCGUGGUGAAAGGUCUGACAGUUCCUCGGUUGAUCAAAGAAGCGGAAGAGAGUUUGAGAAGAAAGAUGCACGAUCAGACCAUGAGAAGGUAGACAACCUGAGAGCUUCAUGGAGGAAUGACAACUGGAAGAACACAAGGGAGAUUGAGAGGCCUGCCGAGCGGCGUCCCGAGCCUGAAACAUGGCGCAAGCCUGUAGAGCAACCAAAGCAAGAAGUACCAGGUACUGCAUCUCGCCAUGGGAAAGCAGCCUCAGCAUUAGAGCUUGCCCAAGCAUUCUCAAGGUCGGUCUCUGAUCCUCGAUCUGAUAACCAUUUCCCAAGUCAAAGGAGCUCCACUGGCCUAGGUCAGGCCCCCUUUUCACGGCUGACUGAUACAACCAGGGAUUUCUACUCUGGUGCCAACCCAAGACACAUCAAUGGCUAUUGACCUUUUCAGAGAAUGAGCGAGUGGGUAUAAUAAAAACUCUCAAUUUUCAUCUCUUAGAUUUUUGCAGAUGAGGAGAAUGGUGAGGGCGUCAGUCUCUUUCAUUCUUGAGAUUUUAUGAAUCGAGAAAGCAGAGAUCAUCUGCUGCUUUUCCAGAAGGAAGAAAGGGGGGCUUUUUCAUGAUAUAACUGAGAUUCAAACUAUGUGAGGAUAUUAUGUCACAGGGAUACUGUUGGAGAUAUAUUCUCAUAUUUGGGAAGAAGCGAAGGGGUUGGGUCAUAAUGGUUGAUUGAAACACGGUAAUAUUGAAAUUUCAAUAUAUACAGAUGCAAACUCAUUCUAUGGGGUUGAGAUUGCUAUUGAAUUCUCGUAUGUUCUUGCUGACAGAAACGUGAUUGCUAUUAUUUUUAGAAACCUCCAUCUGUUUUGAGGCUUUUUUUACAUAAAUGCUAUUAGUUAGAAACCUCCAUGUGUUGUGAGGCUUUCUUCUCUUUGGAGAUGAUUUCCUUCGUCUUUUUGCUUUUACGCCAUUGCUGGGAAAUCUGAAGUCAAAGAUAACAA